GGGGGCGGGGGGAGUGAGUGAGAUGGGAUGGGUAUAAGAAGGAGGUGUGGAGUCUAAGGAAGAGGCCCUGACUAGGAAGCUGGGUACUAGGAGAAGCCAUCAUGCACACCUCUACUGAAGCCAGGAUGGGCAUGAGGGUGGCACUGACAGGCUUUGCGGUCCUGAUGCUGCUCCAGAGCUGCUCUGCGUACAAGCUGGUCUGCUACUUCACCAGCUGGUCCCAGUACCGGGAAGGCGUUGGGAGCUUCUUACCAGACGCCAUUCAACCUUUCCUGUGCACCCACAUCAUCUACAGCUUUGCCAACAUCAGCAGCGACAACAUGAUUAGCACAUGGGAGUGGAAUGACGAGUCGAACUAUGACAAGCUGAAUAAACUGAAGACCAGAAACACCAACUUGAAGACCCUUCUGUCUGUUGGAGGGUGGAAAUUUGGUGCAAAAAGAUUUUCCGAGAUUGCCUCCAACACUGAGAGACGCACUGCUUUCGUCCGGUCGGUAGCCCCGUUCCUGCGUUCUUAUGGCUUUGAUGGGCUGGAUCUCGCCUGGCUCUACCCUGGCUUAAGAGACAAGCAGUAUUUCUCCACCCUGAUCAAGGAACUGAAUGCGGAAUUCACAAAGGAGGUCCAGCCAGGCAGAGAGAAACUCCUGCUCAGCGCAGCUUUGUCAGCAGGAAAGGUGGCCAUUGACACUGGCUAUGACAUCGCCCAGAUAACCCAACACCUGGAUUUUAUCAAUCUCAUGACCUACGAUUUCCAUGGAGUCUGGCGCCAAAUCACAGGCCAUCACAGCCCCCUCUUCCAAGGCCAGAAGGACACUAGGUUUGACAGAUACAGCAAUGUGAACUAUGCCGUGCAGUACAUGAUACGUCUGGGAGCCCAGGCCAGCAAGCUACUGAUGGGCAUCCCCACCUUUGGGAAGAGCUUCACUCUGUCAUCUUCUGAAAAUCAGUUGGGAGCUCCAAUCUCAGGGGAAGGAUUACCAGGCCGGUUCACCAAGGAGGCAGGGACCCUCGCCUACUACGAGAUAUGCGACUUCCUCAAAGGAGCUGAAGUACAACGACUCUCCAACCAGAAGGUUCCCUUCGCUACCAAGGGCAACCAGUGGGUGGGGUAUGAGGACAAGGAGAGUGUCAAAAACAAGGUUGGGUACCUGAAGGAGAAGAAGCUGGCAGGAGCCAUGGUGUGGGCACUGGAUUUGGAUGAUUUCCAGGGCACCUGUCAGCCGAAGGAAUUCUUCCCGCUCACCAACGCCAUCAAGGAUGCCCUGGCUUAGCUCCCCCUUUCCCAUAUGGUACCCCCCACCCUCUGGCCAGGAGUUUGAUCUCUUGCAAUGCUAAGUCCCCCAACUGGGCCUCAGUUUCCUUCUCAUGGCACCUGUGUAAGGGGCCACAGCAGGCUCAGCUAUGGAGAACAGGGAACUAGGGUAGGACGGUGGGGUUGUGAGAGUCACAGUGUGAGCAGAUACACAGCCCUGUUAAGGAAUGCAAUUUCUCAGACUCUAACCUCCCUUUACCCAGCCUGACCAAAGGACGCCACUUGGAUCAAGUAGGCAAAUAUCUUACAGGAUUCAGGAACCAUACUAAUUAUACCCUCUGCAAAGCCCAACUUGAAUCCUUCCCUUAGGAACUUAAUCGUCCCACUUCCCUUUCCCUAAUUCCACAGCUGUUCAAUAAAGCGCCAGAACCUAA